GCCAAAAAUUCAGUACUUAGAUCUAGAUAAGGCUUCUUUCGCCCAAGUGAGAAGAUUAUCGUCAAUUAAAACAAUGAGUUCAAACGUAGAUACGGACUUCUUGCUGAUUGGUAAACUGGGCCAAGGUCGAAGUGCAACAGGAAACAGUAUAUUGAGAAACGAAUCCUUCAAAAGUUCGUCUGCCAUGGCAGACGUCACUGCCUCUUUUGACUUUGAUUAUGCUUUUUUAGAGGGCAGAGUCAUAAAAGUUGUGGAUACUCCUGGCCUAAGAGAUUUGAUAGGCAGUAGUAGUAAAAUGAAGGAGUCUUUCGAUAAAUUUCUUAAGUGUGCUGUUGCAACUAAUACUAAAGGCUACCAUGUUUUCUUGAUAGUGAUAAGGUUUGGCACACGGGUUACGGAGGAAGAGCUUAAUAUAGUUUCGCUUCUGAAGGCUGAAUUCGGUGAGAAGUUUGCAAAGGAGUCUUGCAUCAUAGCUAUGAGUUUUGGAGAUUUGUUUCGACAAGAACAUGAAAAAAAUCAUUUGUCUUUCCAACAAUGGUGUCAGAAGCAAACUGGCGCCUUUAAGCAGCUCCUGGAAGAGUGUGGUGGUAGAAUUGUUUUGUUUGAUAAUAAAACAACAUGUGAAUCUGUUAGGAAACAGCAAGUCAUAGAGCUGUUUGCAAUGGUAGGUCAACUGAAAGGUCAAAGCAUCUGUUCCUCCAGUAAGUCUCAGUCCCAGCAACUAGUGCCUGUAACAAAUUCAUCUUGGUCUUUGCUACCAAAGUCAUCGCAAGGAACUCUCAGUCUGCAGGAUUCUUCAGGUCGAAAUUCUUGUUCAGGCAAAGAUGACAUUAAUGAGGCUUACAAAGAAAUAAGUUUAGCAUUAAAAGAACUCAAAACUUGUCAACACUCGUUAGACAAUGAGAUUGAUCGCCUUGAAAAUGUAAUUAUAAAAUUGGAUGCUUUGUUAAUCCAUUUAGAAAAGUUAAUUGCAAGUAGCCCACAAGUGCGAAGUUUGGUGAAGAUUGCUGUCCAAACAAAGCGCGCCAUUUCAGAAGAAAUAAAACUACAAAUGGAUUUAAAGUCAAUGCGAGAUGAAUAUACCUUGAACAACAGCAUUAGAAAAUGUCGAUAUUCAGAAGAGAACGCAGGCGUCGUAAAGAGAUAUUCCUCUCUGUUAGCCGAAAAUCCAAAUGAUUAUGACAAACAUUGGGAGCUGUGCAUGGAGCGCGACGAGAAGCUGAGGAGAUUGUGUGAACAAUACGAGAGUGAGAGAAGAGCUGCAGAGGAUGACUUCAGGAAUGUGAUAUUUGAACAACGAAAACAUAGAAUGGCGGAUAUUAAGCACGUUAUCAGUCCAGAGAAACUCGAAGAGGAGUUUAGACAAUCUAGACAAAUAUAUGUUAAAGCUUUCUUGUCGGUACUGGUCACUGCUGUAAUGCGGCCUUUUAAAUACCUUUACUCUAAAUGGUCAGGAUAGUUUACAAUUAAAUGUUUUUAGCAAUGAUAAAUAUUUUACUUCUUUUUUGAAGUUAUGUAAAAUUGUUAUAAAAAUCUUCAUUUUACUACAUUGUGCUUGUCUUUCAAGGAAUGUUGAAUUUUUAAAAAUUGUGCCUUCAAAUUUAAAUUUACCUGCAUGCUUUUAAUUAAUGUUCAUUAAAUAAACAUUGGAAGCUAACUUAUGUCAUAAUGAUUAUACUUUAACAUGAUCAUAAAUAAUCUUUUUAAUGUUUGAAAUUAGCCUUGGAAUUAGCAGUCUAUAGAUGUUAUUAUAACGUGACAAGAUCUAAACCUGACUUGAAGUCUUUAAUUCUUCCAAGAGUACAUUAUGAAGGACGAGGGUGCGGUGGCUGAGUGGUUAAGCGCUUGACUUCCGAACCUGGGGUCUAGGUUGAAAUUUUGGAGAAUAAUGGUAUUUUGAAUUUCGGGAUUUGUAGGGCGCCACUGUGUCAUUUCAACUCCAAUGGGCACUGACUUUAAUUGGGGAAUGUAAAGGCGGUUUGCUCGUUGUGUUGGCCACAUGACACCCUGCUCGAUAACCGUUGGCCAAAGAAACAGAUGACCUUUACAUCAUUUUGCGCUAUAGAUCGCAAGGUCUGAAAGGGAAUUUUUUAUUUACUUUAGUUUAUGAAGGACUCCAAAAAUGUUAGUGUGAUGAGCGAUGAGUGUGUUUAAGUGUAGUUAUUGGGGUUUUUAUUUAAAAGCAGACUCCCACAAUACUGGUCAACGUGGCUGCGUUCUUGCUAAAGAUGAAGCUCAUGUUUAUGUGUAUGAGUUCGGUAAUUACACCCCAGUCAUUUCAUAUUUGGUCACUUCAUUCCAGGUCAUUUAAUCCCGGGUCACUUCAUCCCCAGUCAUUUCAUCUUUGGUCACUUUAUCUCGGGUCAUUUCAUUCCCGUCACUUCAUUCCUAUUGAUUUAAUAUUUGGUCACUUCAUCUCCAAUUAAAUAGUUGUUCUUAGUCAUUGUGUAUUUGUGUUGUUAGGGCUUAUCCUUUAAGCACUCAUUUCGUCUCAUAUAUAAAUAUGUUUUCUAUAUAAUCUAGGGGCUGUUUGUUGAUAUUUAGGGCAUGUUAUUAUAGUGUUUAUAAUGUUCUACUUAAUCUCUUCAUACUUGUUGAGAAAUGAAAUAAUAUAAGCAAAGCGAAUGCAUGAAUUCAUGAAUAAAAGAAUAUUAGGAAUGGAGCUAAAAAUAGCUAAUCGACCUGUAAAUAAUUUUUUAAUGAAAACAUUGCCUUGUGUUUAGAUCUAUAUUUUAGAAGCGCGCGAUAUCAAUAAUAGAGUUGCAGCUAUGGCGAACGAAUGUAUGUAAAAAUGCUUUAGAAACACAAAUUUGAAAGUUAAUUUGUUUUAAAUAUGAAAUGAAUGGACUGUAUUUUGUAUGUUCAUGUGUUAAAGUAUAAAGAAGAUCUGUCAUCUUAGAAUUAGAUCAAGAGUUAGGCCUAGGCAUAGGAUGUUUGUGUGCAAGCAUGGAGCCUUCGCUCUGCGCAUGCCUGACCUUUCCCUCUUGUCUCAUGUAAACAUGCCUUUUUGGAUUCUAAGGUACGUCAGGACGUCUAAAUUAGCAGAUAUAACGAAUUUAUGCAAAAAAAGGCUUUUGUAACACACAUUUGAAGCUUUAUUUUAUUAAAAAAUGAAAUCAAUAGGCUAUAUUUUGUAUUUUCAUGUGUCAAAGUAAAAACUAUCUGUGCAAAGUGUAGUUCUUAAAAUUAGAUCUAGAUCUAGAUCCUUUCGAUCUUUCCUCAUGUAAACAUGGUAAACAUGGCAUAGAUCCAUGAAAAAGCAAUACUUUUAUAGAGUUUGGCAACUUUUUUUUUGUGGGUCUUAAGUUUGUUUUAGGGUUACUAUACAUAUGUCACGGUUCCAGUUAGUACCCAAGGAGUAUUUAUGCCAAGUUUUAUCAAGAUUGGUGAAACGGUUUUGAUUUCUAUGCGUAACAUACAUACAUACAUACAUACGCCUUUCUGCUUUAUAGUAUAAAAGAAGAUGACAUUUUAUUCUAUUUCUUUUUAUUAAUGUGUACUUUUUUGUCAUGUAAAAUAAAUAUAUGAAAUAUUGUUAAUUUCAUAAUUUUACAAAUAUUAUUUGGUGGAGUAGAUAAAAUGACAAGGGCUUGAAACGACCAUGUGAUAAAGUAACCCGGGGAUGAAGUGAACAAAGAUGAAAUGACCAGGGAUGAAAUGAACUGGAAUGAAAUGACUGUGAACCAAUGUUUGUUAUCUAUUAUAGAACUUUGUUUCCCAACUAGAUAAAAAUUACAAUUAAAUAUAUUUUUAAUUAAAAACAUAGAAAUCAAAUUUAUUAACUUCAGUAAUUUUAGGCUGUAAAAUUAGGAUAAAAGAGGAACAACUGAAUAAAAAAAAUACGCUUUCUUACUAUUCUAUUCUAGCUCAUAAGUCAUGACAUUCAAAGAUGUUUUACUGAGAUAUAAAACCAUCAACGAAGCAUUAACGUUAGGAUUUUACUGGAGAAAAUUUUAAAAUUCCCAUAAAUCUACAUAAAAAUACAUCAUGUAGGCCUAAACCCACGCAUGCGCUAUAAAAUUUAACAUAGGAUAUUUUGAAAAGAAGCACAACGGAUGCACACUACACACGAUAACUGUGACCAGGCUAUAUUUUGACACCCAGUCCCACUCUUAUAAAACCGUAAACCAUACCCUCUUUGAAUGUUACUUCUUAAUCCUUAGGCAGACCCUACUACCACUACAGCCCAACAUAACCAACACCCUGUACAGCACUGAAUAGAACAGCACACAAUUUUUUCUUGGCACAGUCUGCAAAAGAGCUCACAGCUCAGCAGGAAAAAGAUGGCUAGAAGAAGACACCCAGUCCGCACCUGCAUUCAAGAUAUAUAUAUAGAAAGAGACAGAGAUAAACGAUAAACUGUUAUCUGUAUUUCUGUUUAUCAAAGAAAUAAUUAGUCCAUGGUAUUGACACACCAUAAAUUAAUUAUUUAAAAUUUAUACUAUUGUAUAAAUUGUACUUGACUUUUGUUUACUAAAAGGAGAAAUAAGCUUGGUAGCAGAUUUAACGUUAGACUGACUGCUUAUCAUUCAAAUAAAAAGUAAAUCCAUCAGCCAAGUUUUAUAACCAGCACAUAGGCACAAAUACCAUCUUGACUCCAAAACAUGAAUUCAAACGUAGAUACGGACUUCUUGUUGAUUGGUAAACUGGGUCAAGGUCGAAGUGCAACAGGAAACAGUAUAUUGAGAAACGAAUCCUUCAAAAGUUCGUCUGCCAUGGCAGACGUCACUGCCAAUUUGGACUUUGAUUAUGCAUUUGUAGAGGGAAGAUUAAUCAAAGUUGUUGAUACCCCUGGCCUUAGGGAUUUAAACGGCAGUAGUGGUAAAAUGAAGGAGUCUUUUACUAAAUUCCUAAAGUGUGCUGUUGCAACUAAUACUAAAGGCUACCAUGUUUUCUUGAUAGUGAUAAGGUUCGGUACACGGGUUACGGAGGAAGAGCUUAAUAUAGUUUCGCUUCUGAAGGCUGAAUUCGGUGAGAAUUUCGCGAAGGAGUUUUGUAUAAUCGCUAUGACUUGUGGUGACUUGUUCCAACAAGAAUAUGGAAAAGAGAAUGUGUCAUUUCAACAAUGGUGUCAGAAGCAAACUGGACCAUUUAAGCAGCUCCUAGAAGAGUGUGGUGGUAGAAUUGUUUUGUUUGAUAAUAAAACAACAUGUGACUCUGUUAGGAGGAAGCAAGUCUUAGAACUGUUUUCAAUGGUAAAUCAACUUAGGGGUUCGAGAUUUUCUCAAGCCUUUCGCUUCAUGCUUCCUUCUUUGUUCCCAAUGCAAUCAAACGAAACUAAACAAACAGGAUGUCUGCAAGAUUCUUCCGGCGGAAAUCAUUUUUCAGGCCAAAAUCGCAUUGAAGAGGUUUACAAAGAAAUAAGUUUAGUAUUGAAAGAACUUAAAAUGUGCCAACACUCCUUAGACAACGAGUCUGAUAACCUAGAAAAGCUGAUUACAAAAUUAGAAUAUGUGUUAAUCAAUUUAGAAAAGUUAGUAUCGAAUAAUGCCCAACAAAUACAAGGAUUGGUUAUGAUUGCUUCGAAAACUAAGCGUACUAUCUCAGAAGAAAUAAAGCUACAAAUAGAAUUGAUUCCAAUCCGAGAUGAAUAUACAUUGAACAAUAACAUUAGAAAAUGUCGAUAUUCAGAAGCAAAGGCAGCUGUAUUAAAGAGAUAUUCAUCUCUAUUAGCAGAAUGUCCAAAUGAUUAUGACAAACAAAAGAGGCUGUCAGAGGAGCGAGAUGUGCAGCAGAGGAGGCUGUAUGAUAAGUACACGAGUGAGGGAAAAGCUGCAGAGGAUGACUUCAGGAACGUGAUUUUUGAAAAACGAAAAAAGAGAAUGAUUGAUCGAAAAGAUUUUAUGAGUUCCGAGAAUCUUGAAGAAGAGUUUAGACGAUCUCGAACGGAGUAUGUCAGAUCGUUUCUGUCAACUCUUUUCAAUAUUUUUAUGAGGCCUUUUAAAUACCUUUACUCCAAGUUCAAAGGAUAGUUGUCGUUGUUCUUCUUCUAGCCACAGCUUUUUGCCACUGAGCCGUGAGCUCUUUUGCAGACUGUGCCAAGGUAAAUAGUGUGUUCGGGAUAGUUUACAAUGAGAACAUUCUAGAAAAGUGUUAUGUCUAUUUGAACCUAUGAAGAGUUUUAUAUUAACUUUUAUCUUUAAAAAUGAAUUCAAUGAAAAUUUGUAAUUUCGUUACAUUGGGAUAGCGUUCUGAUUGAAUUUUUAAUUCAUGCUGAUGUAAAAUUGUAAUAGAAUCUGACGAGUGUUUAACUAAUGUAAAUUUGCAACCUGCAUAAGUUUUCUUUAUGACAAAAUGAAAAAAAAAUAGAUUUUGAAAUCAUUAUAUUCACAAUUAUGCUAGAUGAACGCUUUCUGUCGGAACCAAUCUUGUAUUUAAUAUUUAUUUUGUUGUGUUUCUUUUGUUCAUUGCAUAAUUCUAGAUCUAAUGUUAACAAUGUUACAGUUCUACUGGCUUGAUAGGCCCUAUAUCAUCAAAGCACCUUAUGUACUGCCUAAAUUUAGUUUUGUACUUAUUAUUCAAUUUUUAAAAAUCUGUUUUAACUCCAAUAUAUCUAAAUUUAAAAACAGAUCCGAGACGCAUUUUUGUUUUAACGCGGCUGGAUUAACAGCAAUGCAGAUAGAGCAGCCGCUCAGGGCAUCACCCUUAAAGGGCAGCCUCCACAAACUAAGAAAAAUAUGCAUACUAAUCUCAAAUGGAGGGAGAAUUUACAUUGGGUCAUUACUCUUACAUUAAUUUUAUUUUCGCCGUACUCAGAAUGCACUGUCAAGAUUUUUAUUAGGCUAUAUUUAGCUUCUGUGACUUAACACGCUUUUCUGGCAUUUUGUUUUUGGCUGCACUUGAGAACUAUUUCUUAAAUAACAAACUCAAGUCAUUUCAAUAUAAAGAUGAUCUUAUCUAUCCUUUGACUUCUGUGGUGUAUGUGUGCCGUGACAGUAAACAAAUGUCUCCAAUUGUCCAGGUCAGCAGCUUUUCUGAUCACGAUAUCGAUAUUUUCUUUGGGCGACCAUUUCUUCAAACUCCUUCCACUGCACCAUGAAGGAUGACAUUUGAUAGUGAGUUACGACCAAGUAAGCUCAUCUUUCGUCUCUUCACAGUAUUGAAGAGUUCCUCCUUUUGGCUAGCCAGAGUGUAUAGUUGUAAAUGUACAAACUCAUUUGUCUUCUUUUCCUGGUAUCUAAUACCUAGCAAUUUGUUUAUUACUUUGACAUUAAGAAAACGGAUUAGAGUAACCCUUUUAACCUUCAACCUUUUUAAUUGCCAAAUCUCCCACCAUUCUCGCAAUCCAAUGUAUAGAGACAUAUUAGGGUCUUGCUAUUGUUAUUGUCAAGUAAGCAAUAAAGUUGUGAGUUCUGUAACACAUUCUUUUAUUGGUGUGUAGUAACAUUUAAUGUAGUUGUUUCAGUUUUGUUCUAAUAAUAUUAUUUCUUUAAAUUUU